AAGCAAAAAUUUAUAAAUUUUAUUAAAAAGAGAAGAAUAAGUGACUUGCAAAAUACAUUUAAAAGAAAAGACAGGUUUGCGGGGUCGUUGAAGACACACAAAAUAAAAAUAAUAAUAAAAACAGCUAAAUAGAAUAAAUUGGCGCGAAAUUGCAAAAAAAAGUAACAAAGUGAGAAAAUAAAAAAUUGAACGUAAAAUAAAAAUUUUUAAAUUUGUAGUAUUUGUGUUGAAACCACAAUUUUUAAGGCUUGCGAUUGAUGUUAACAUUUGUGAAGAUUAUUGUUAUGGAUAAUGAAUAAUGGUAAUAAAUAAAAUUCUUAUACAGACGAAAAGCAAUCAAACAGAAAUUUUUACGUCGCUCAACUUUUGCACGCUCACAUGCCGUAGUUGUUCUUGUUAAGACCCCCAAAAGACACCUGUUGUCGUCUCAGACAAUGCAAAACCAAUAUCAAAAAAAGAAUAUAAAAGUUAUAAAAUGACUUCCAUUCCAUGAGCAGAAAACUUGGGGCCAUAAGAUCAUUGCAAACGAUUACAUAAGACUGGCAAUAGCAACAACAAAAAACGAUACAAUAAUUAAAUUAUCACGAGCCAAGUAAAAACCUUAAUACUAAUAGUAUUAAAGGAAAUACAACAAUCACAAAAGCACCAAUAAGUAACUAUAUUCCACAGCUAGAAUGUUGAACGAAUAUCGUUUUUUCGCUUAACGGUCAAUUUAAUGUUCUUUUCAAGCACUGAGUAAAAAAGAUAAAUGAAGCAAGCAGGAUAGAGACAGAAAUAGUUGCGAUAUGUUUUAGUGGUCGGUUGUCUGAACGAUUAAUUAAUUAAUAUAUAGCAAAAGCCAAGUUGUUAUAUUCAUGUGUAUGACAACGUCACUAGUUUUUCAAAGUUUAUUAAACUGAAAAUUGAAAACUAAAACGACAACGACGAUGAUUUCACGAAAAACACAAAAUACAGCUCGACUGAUAUUUUUGUUAACAGUAUUUCAUUUCAAUUUACGAUUGGUGCGCAGUUCGGCUUAAACGACAGCAGGCAUAAGCUUAGGUAAACAAGAAAAAAUAAAUAAAGAGAAUAACAUUAGAUAUAGAGAGUGAAAGAGAACAAGAUUAAAAUCUGUUUUCAUUGCUACGAUACUCAAAAAAAAAAAUUCCAUGGUAAUUGAAUAUGAAACAAAGUUUAGCAACAUUUUGUUUAAAUUGCAAAAUAGAACAACUUGUUCUUAAAUAAUAAAAACGAUAGAUGCUUAUUAAGCGAGAAAAACAAAAGAAUAUGUAGAAAGAGUGAAAGGCAGAGCGCUUCAUGUUUAAUUCAGUUGAGAAAAUAUUAAAGAUAGGUUUUAUUAAACACUAAUCAAUCAACUGACUUAAUCACUAAAACAAUAAUUGCAUGCAACAAGAACGAUUAAUAACAAAAAAGUGCUUUAGGUGGGUUUUAGUCGAAAACUAUAUCGCACACUACAGAUAUAUAGAUUUCGAUUUAAUGCGAAUAUUUAUUUUGUUAAAUCAAGUCAAAAGGUGAUUCUAAGUUGAUCGGUUCAUUAAACGUCAGGUUCACCUCAAGCCUUUCAGAAUGUUGCAUACAUGCCCACAAACUUAAUAUACCCUUGUUCCGCAAGAGGUGUAUGGUAUAAAAAGUCCGAAUAAUGGAAAAUAACAAAAACCCAUAAGCUAAACUUUUUAAUUUUUCCUACGGAGCCUAAGUUAUUUGCUACUAUGUCUGCGUAGAUUUUUGUUGUUAUGCAAGAGGUGAAUAUUUGUUUUGUCAAAGCGUUUGCCAAGCUAAGGAGGAAGUUUCAUGGACGCCGUAAAUACCUUUAAAACACACAGAAAGAAGCUUCAAAAACACCAAAAAGUGUAUAACUUCUUGGCCACAUUAGUAAACAUUCCCCUGUUCGCAGAAAUGAUGAUAUUACCUACAAGUUUGCAAAAGAAUUUAAAAAUCACCCAAGUUUGUCGAAGGAUAAGCCUAUAACGUCCACAUUCUUGUACAACAAAUACUACGAACACCUUUCCUAUAUACCAUAAAAAUUUGCACAUUCUUUUUGGAAACGGAAGAAGCCAACAGCGCCUACCCAAUAACAUAAAGUAUGAAAAGAUAGCUUUUCAACUUUUUUUUAGAUAUAACGGUGACGGGCAUAAAACAUUCCUGAUUGAUAUCUGUUACGAAAAACCUAUAUAGAUUUUCACCAUUUAACGCACCUGAUGUUUAAAAGAGAAAUAUUUUAAUAUAGUUUCAUACUGUUUAAGCAUUUCAGAGAUAAAAUUAAAGAAAAAACAUUUUUUAAACGAUUUUUCCUAAACCAAAAGUACUACAAGAAAAAUGUCUUCACAAAAAGUGUUUAGAAAAAUGCCACCUGCGGUCUUUUUGAAAGAUAAAAAAUGAAUAGCUUCUACAUUAGAUCGCCCGAAAAUAACAAAAACUAUCAAAAAAGCAAUUUGUAAUUUUAAAUUUGUGCAAAAGUUUUACCGCUCCCCACCAUCGCCGUUGCCAUCGUAUCAUCUGUAAUCAAUCGUAUCGUAACAAAUGCUUUUAUAAUUGUUGAAAUUUAAACAAAAAAAAAAAAAAAAGAGAAUAAGCAAUGAUAACAACAAUUAGAAACUGUCACUACAACGCCAACAAUCAAGCCAAUAUUUACAAACAUACCGUGCACACAUACGUUAAAUAUUGUCUCAUUGAUCAGCAACAAACAACUACGCGAGAAUCAAUUUUCAGCCAUAUAAUAAAAACUAAACAAUAAAAAAAUAAAUCGAAAUACCAUUGAAUUGCUGCUUUUCUUCUCCUCCUCAUUUUUUUGUACGAGAAAAUUCCGAACAAAUGAAUCAUAGCCAGAAUUCGUUAAUACAACUAAACUGAAACAUACUUGCAACAGUAUGUUUAUGCAUGCUUGCAUGCAGGCAUCUAUAACGAAAUAUUGGUGGGCUUCAACUAUGUUAAUGUGAAAACACGAACAUCUUAAAAUAAAGAAACAACGAAAGAAAAGAGAAGAAAAGAAAAACAUUUGGUAACUUGUUAAAAAAAAUAUUUGAUAACUCAAUAGAAAUCACUGAGAAAAAAAAGGAAUUGACUAAAAGAAAACAAUGUCAACAGCGGAGUUUACGAAUUAAUUGAUAGCUAGCACUUCAACAUUUUUAUAACCCCUUUUAUGGUAAUAUGACUAAGGCACAUUAUUACGACGAUUCGAAAGGAAAAUGUUUAUAAAAAUUUGCGCAAAUACGAAACGUCCACGGAUUACGACUAGCAUUAGUAAUUCUAAUAAUAUAAAUAUGCCAACAUUAGCGGACGCACAAACAGCAACAACGACAACAACAGCAGCAGUAGGAACAAUGCGAACAAUGUCAACAAUAACAGUACCAAAAGCGGCAGAAAGAUCGUCAACGUCAUCAGUACCAUUAACGCUAUUCACGUCAUCAACAACGACGCUGAUGUCGGCAUUAUCAACACCUUCAAUAACUCAUCCAACAACAAAUGAAUUCAAACCAAGAAAAUCGAUCGCUGAUCAAACAGUGUUCGUACGAUGUCAAAAGUUGAAGAAAAGCAAACAACAGCAAAAACAACACAAUUUGUUAACUUUGUUACGAUUGAGGACAGUGCUCAUAAUGAUAGUAAUGAUGAUGAAAAAUUUAACAUCAAUAAUAAUGACGACAAUAUUAACGAAUAAAAAACCAACCAGUCAUAGACAAACUGUUAGUGGUUUAAAUGAAAUAAUCAUCGAUGGCUGUAAUAAUGAUGACGAUGCAACGGCAUUCACAGCUGCAACUGUUGAAACUGUCGCUGCCUCUAGUAGUAGUGUUGAAGCUGUUGCAAAUAUUUAUAAUAGUAAUAGAGGGUACGUGUUAUUGUCAUACCUUGUGGUAUUACUAGUUGUCUGCAUUGUCAACACUUCAUCGGUUGAGGCUGCUGAAAGCUUACUUGGUGGUGAUUUACAAUCGUGUUCGAAUGAAGGUGAAGAAGUUCAAAUCGGUAUUAAAAAUUCCAAAUGUUUUAAAUGCGCUUGUCAGAAUGGCUUCGUGAAAUGCGAUCAAAAAAUGUGCCCAUCCAUUGAUGAUUGCUACCUGUUAGAGAAGAAAACCUCAGAUACUUGUUGCAGCAAAUGUAAAGAUUGUAUAUAUCGUGGUGUUCCAUAUAUAAGCGGUUCUGAAUGGUCUGAUCCAGAUGAUCCUUGCCGCACUUAUAAAUGCGUUGGCAGCGUUAUUACCGAAACAAUCAUGAAAUGUUAUACGCAAUGCGAUGACAAUCAGUUAACAAAACCAAAACCAGGCGAAUGCUGUCCAACGUGUCAAAGCUGUAAGAUUAACGGGCAAUAUGUGCAAGAAGGUCAAACGGUUGUGGCUUCAAUCGAUGAUCGUUGUUUAGUUUGUCAGUGUACCGGUAGCCAAUUGAAAUGUGUGAAGAAGACUUGUCCUGUCUUACAAUGUCCAAUUACUAGGCAGAAACUGCAUCCCAACGAAUGUUGUCCACGUUGCACGGAGCAAAGAGAAUUUAUGCCAUUACCAGGAAAAUGCUUUUUUAACAAUAAAAUCUUUUACGAUAAAAUUGGUUUUAAUCCGGACCGUUGUACAAAUUGUACUUGCCUUAAUGGUACAAGUAUUUGCAAGCGCAAGACUUGUCCCAUACUGGAAUGCUCACCCGAAUACCAAGAAAUGGACGGUUGUUGCCCGCGUUGUCUUACCUCUGAAGUGCGCAGUGAGUGCAUUUACCUUGGGAAAACGUAUCAGACAAAUGAAACUUGGAACAUAAGUCCAUGUCGUUCGUGUCGUUGCAUUGGUGGUGGUAUACAGUGUUCGGAAAUGAUGUGCCCCCCUGUAAAGUGUAGUUUAAAUGAAGAGCUUAAGAUACCUAAUGGAGAAUGUUGCCCUCAAUGCAUUGAAACAGCCGGUACUUGCACCGUCUUCGGAGAUCCACAUUUUAGAACUUUCGAUGGCAAAUUCUAUAGUUUUCAAGGCUCGUGUAAGUAUUUACUGGCAGCGGAUUGUCGAGAUCAUACAUUUUCCAUACGGCUAACUAAUGACGGCCGAACGACUAAUCGUUCUUCGUGGGCUAAAACAGUUACUCUUAAAUUAAAAGGUUUGCGAGUGAAUUUGGGACAAAAGUUACGCGUUAAAAUUAAUGGCAGCCGGACUCCUUUGCCCUAUAGUCAAGGAGUGGUGACAAAUUUGGAACGGAUUAACAAUAGCAUUAUGCUGAAGACUGAGCUAGGAUUGAAUGUUGAAUGGGACGGUAAUAACUUCUUACAAAUUAUUGUACCUUCCAGUUAUAAAAGACGUCUGUGUGGCCUAUGUGGCAAUUACAAUGGACUAGUGCGUGACGACCUUACUAGUAGAGACGGUGUCAAUCAUUCCGAUCAGGAGGUUUGGCGUUUCGCCAAUUCUUGGAAAGUCGGUGGCCCCAAAUCGUGUUCACGUCGUUUAGAAAAUAUCGCUGCGCAGCCGACAUGCAAGCAACGCAAAUCGAAUGCCUUUUGCAAACCAUUGCGCGAAUCUGCAUUAUUCGGUAACUGUGAUAGUAGCCUUAAUCCGAUUAAUUUUAUCGAUUCAUGCAAAAUGGAUGUUUGUGAAUGCCCAACCGGGAUGUGUCAUUGUGACAGUUUUGCUGCCUAUGCUCACGAGUGCCAACGUCUCGGUGUAAAUGUGCCUGACUGGCGCACUGUCACCAAUUGCCCUUUUGGAGUGUGGAAACGGAAUCUUACCACAACUAUAAGUUCACUCAAACAUAAUCCAUAUUAUGGUGACUUAAGUUUUUUAGAACAACCAACAAACUAUCGCCAGUCGCACGGUUCCCAUCGCAAACAGAGUCAUAAACGCAAACAGAAACAUCAACAGCAUCACGAUAAUCAAUUGCUGCAGCGGGACUUUAUAAAUAAACAUGUGCCCAAGAAUCUUUUGAUCUCAAAGUCUCCAGAUCGUACGCCACCGCCAUUGCAUUAAAUUAGCAGUAAAUGCAGUUUUCGUUGCUCAUAACACUUUUCCUUCUUCGCCCAAAUAUUAACGGUUUUGUAAACUACUUUCAACGUAGCUGUAGCACAAUUAAAAAAAAAACGAUUAAUUUUUUAAUCGUUCAUGUAUUUCUUUCUUAUUAUAAUUAACUAUUAAUUA